AUGAAAAUUAUUGCUGCCAAAUCGAAGAAUAUUAAUACGCACAAGAAGCUCAGCGAAGUGUGUGCAGCAAAGCAGAGCGAACAAAGCAUGGCUAAAUGGACAGAUAUCGAAGAACCUCAUAGUUCCUCGCUGGUAAAUGCAUCGGAUGUCAAUUUACAGCCAGGAAACAGUGCGCCUAGUCAAGAUACUGAUACAAUAUUUUGUCAAAAAUCGAACAGUUUGAAUUGUUGUAGUUGUUAUUGCAAAAACUUUGCUUCGCAACUCGAGCGUAUCGAAGGUGACUUGCUUCAACUACGAAGUAGAAUGGAUGUUCGUGAAAUUGAGGACUUAAAACUGCCCUGUGAUCAUACUUCGUUACGUAAGGAAAAGGAUCGAUUGCAGCGUGAGUUGGAGUUAGCUAAAUGUACUAUCUCAAAACUUGAGGCGAAAAUAAGUGAAUUACAAAAUGAGAAGUCGAGUCUGACAACUGUGAUUAAAAUUUUGCACGAAGACAAUACAUGCUCACAACAUGUUAAUCAUGCUGAUAUGACUAAUUUAAAGGAUCUGGGUAUUGAACACAAGGUUCCUGGUAAUAGUAAUAAGCGAAAGAAAAUCUCUACUCGAGAUUCUUUUAAUAAAUUCACGGUAGGAGGGGAUAGCAAUAAUCUUAACCUCCAUAAUACGUAUGAAGUGUUGUCAGUUGAAGACAGUAAUCCAGUGGACACCGGUGUGUCUUUUGCAGCUCCGACAUCUUACAAGCAUAAGGAUAACGAUGAAGGAAAAAGUCUACGAAUACCAGUCAACCUAACAAAGAAACAAAUCAGCCCGUUGAUGGUCAACCUGACGCUAAGAGAUCUGUCAUUAUUGCAGGUGAUUCGAUCAUUCAGCAUGUCCAUGGCUGGGAAAUUUCCCAUGAAAGUUGCAAUGUGGCCGUGAAAUCGUUUUCUGGAAGCAAAAUAGAGGACAUGAAAGAUUACUUAAAACCUUUAAUUCGAAGGAAGCCAGACGAGAUUAUUCUCCAUAUUGGAACGAAUAACUUGAAAGACUAAGGUGCUACUCCACAGCAACUUGCUGAAGGUAUUUCAAAUCUAGGAACUCAAAUUAGAAAUAGUUCACCAAGUACUAAAAUAUGUCUUUCUGCUUUAUUAAUAAGAAAUGAUAGUUCUAAUUUAGUUACUACAAUUCAGGAUAUUAAUAAGCGAGUAAGGGCGAUUUGCAUCAGCAAAAAUUGGUUCUAUAUUGACAAUAGUAAUGUUGAUAAAUCUUGCCUUAAUCGCAGAGGUUUACAUCUUAAUCUUAGGGGAAGUGAUUUACUUAGUCGAAAUUUUCGGCAUCAUCUUGUAAAUUGAUCUCUAGGGCAGACUGCUGUCAGUAGAAUCGAUACGAUAAAUUCUAUUGAUUACGGGAACCACUCAGUAUUUUUAUAAAAUACAAAAGAACAGUAACUCUGAAUAACAUUUUGUUUUGAUUUAUUGAAUCUACGUUUCGACUAGAUUGUAGACAUCUUCAGGAUUAGUGUAAGAUUACAAAUACAGCUAUAUAUAUAUAAAGAGAAAGAAAGGCGGAGCUUAAUGCUUACAUUAAGCUCCGCCUUUCUUUCUCUUUAUAUAUAGCUGUAUUUGUAAUCUUACACUAAUCUUGAAGAUGACUACAAUCUAGUCGAAACGUAGAUUCAAUAAAUCAAAACAAAAUGUUAUUCGGAGUUACUGUUCUUUUGUAUUUUAUAAAAAUUCUAUUGGUUUUUCGAAAAUCAGAGGUUUCGGAAUGGCCAUGCUUAAUAUCACAAGUUUACUAAAGCAUAUGGAUGAAAUUCGUGUGUUACUUACCACGAAAAAUUUCGAUGUUUUAGCCAUAAAUGAAACCAGACUCGAUUGCACCAUUUCCGAUGAUCUUGUUAGUGUUCCUAAUUAUGACAUAAUUCGUUUUGACCGCAAUAGAAGUGGAGGCGGUGUUUGUAUUUAUAUAAAUAAUGCCAUUGGCUAUUGUAAUCUUAAUCACAAAGUCCCUUGCAAUCUAGAGGCAGUUUGUAUCGAAGUUCACAAACCUUAUAUUAUAGUAAGCCUAUUAUUAUAGUAGGCUCAAUUUACAGACCCCCUAAUUGUUCCGUAGAAAUAUUUUCCACAAUUGGUAACCGACUAUGAUCACCAGGAAAUUUAUCUUCUUGGUGAUCUAAAUUGUGAUAUGUUAGAUUCGUAUAGUCAUGUCACAAAACGGUUAAAUUUACUCAUGGAAUCGUACCAAUUGUCGCAAGUAAUUACUCAACCAACUCGUGUCACCCAGUCUUCCUCCACUCUAAUAGACGUUUGCAUUACUUCAAACCCGUAACAUAUUUUGUCUGAUGUAAUUCCUUUGGGAAUCAGUGAUCAUAACCUUAUUCAUGUAGUUAGGAAAUCUAAUUCUGUUGCAAAGACCCACUCUCACAAAAGUGUUCGAGUUCGUAAUUUCAAAAAUUUCAAUGCAAAUAGUUUUCAGGAAGAUUUGGUAAAUGAACCAUGGCACCUGAUUGAGCUACAAUCUAAUAUUGAUCUCAAAUGGUCACUUUGGAAACAAUUUUUUCUGGGAGUCUUUGACAAACAUGCGCCAUUUAAUUUCUAAAAGAAUAAGGAAUAAACAUAUUCCUUGGAUUAAUAAAAAUACCAAAAAUUUGAUUUUCGAGAGAAAUCGAAUGAAGCGCAAGGCCAUUAUUUCUAAAUCUAAUGCUGACUGGAGUACUUUCAAGUCGCUUAGAAAUAGGGUAAAUUCUACCUUACGAAACGACAAAGAAAUCUUUUAUAGAAAUUUGAUCAACAAAAACCAGGACCCUAAAGAUGCAUGGAAAGAGAUAAAUAGCAUAUUGGGUCGAAAACAGCCUAAACCAAUUAUAAAUAAUCUUAAAUUGGAAAAUGAGGAUAUUGUCGGGCCUGAGAAAGUUUCAGAAUGCUUUAAUGAUCACUUUACAAGAGUAGGCGCAAAGGUUGCGGAUUCUGUUGAAAGUGGAAGUAGUUCCUUUACUGGGUACUUGACUGAUGUAUCCAGUGAUUGUACUUUUAAAUUUAACUGUGUUGAUCCGCAAACUGUUUUUGAUAUGUUACAUUCGAUCUCCACAUCUAAAGCAACAGGUAUUGAUCAAAUUCCAGGCAAGAUUCUGAAACUUGCUCUCCUGCCAUUACACAAUCCAUAA